AUGGCAUCCGAGAUGGACAAACUAGCUAUGGCUAUGAGUGAGUUAGCUCGUACUCAAACUGAGGCAAGCAAUCACACAAAGAGGAUAGAGGCACGUCUAGAUGCUAUUGCCGACAUAAUCACCAAGAGACUCAAUCCCAAUAGUGUGUCAUAUAUAGGCCUACAUUCGGAGGAUGAAGGGGAUGAAGGUGAAGCAAGAUCAUCCAAGAACGCCUAUCAAGAUGAUAGAGGGUUGAAGCUUGAUGACUACACUGGUGAAGGCAAACCUGAGGACUUGUUGGAGUGGAUUCGCCAACUAGAAAAGGUGAAUGAGUAUAGGGGUUUCGAUGAUCGAAAGAAAUUCAAGGUGGCUGCCAUUAGACUCACGAAAUAUGCUGGAAUUUGGCUUGAGGGGUUGCACGCGCAAAGAGCCAAGAAAAACAAGGCCAAGUUAUGUAGUUGGGAGAAAUUGAAAGGGAAGCUUAAAGAUAAAUUCCUACCUGAUGAUUACGAGCACAAACAAUUCAUGAGACUUACAUCAAUUAGCCAAAAUAAUCUAAGUGUGCAUGAAUACACUAUGGAGUUUGAGAAACUAGGCCUUAUGUGUGAUAUAGAAGAGAAAGAGAUGCACAAAACAGCAAGGUACAUUAAAGGCUUGCAUAGGAGCAUAGCCAAGAGAGUUGAAGUUUCUACUUAUCACUCCUUUACGGAUGUGACUAAGUUAGCUCAGAAAUUUGAAGAACAUGACAAGGAAGAGAAACCUAAGGGAACAUACACACCUAGGUAUGACCCUAAUGCAAAGGGAAAGGCUACUACUUCCUACACAAGGUGGAACGAAAAUCCUAAACCUAACAAUACACCUAAGGAGGACACUACUAUGGAGAAAACUAAAGUGGUCGUGCCUAAAGACAAGUUUGAGGAGUUGAGGAAGUGCUUCAAGUGUCAAGGAAGAGGACACAUAGCUAGUAAUUGCCCUACCAAGAAGGCUCUCACCAUGAGGCAAUACUUAGCCUUGAAUGAAGAAGAAAGCAUGUAUGAGUUCAUCCCUAAAGAAGAACCAAACAUGGAGGAAGAUGAUGAAGAAGAGGAUGCUUUUGCAGAAGAUGAUACAAGGCUAAUUGAAGUGGUUAGGCGCACCUUACAUAUGGAUCAUACACCUAACAUGGCACAAAGGGAGAAUCUUUUCCAUACUAGAUGCAAGGUAGGUGAAUAUACAUGUAAUGUCAUAAUAGAUAGUGGUUCUUGCACUAAUGUUAUUGCAGCUGAAGUGGUGUCUAAACUCAAUCUCAUCACAAGGGCACACCAUAAACCCUACAAGUUGAGUUGGUUGGAUGAUAGCACUGGCAUGAGGUUCAAAAGGGUUAGAUUACAUCCUCUAAACCCUACUCAAGUGGCACCUAAACAACAACCUAAGACACCAAGUUACUUCCUAAAUGCAAAAGAAUUCGAGCAUGAAGUAGAGGAAAAAGGUUAUGCUUAUGCUUUGGUUGUGAGGCAAGUGACUACAAGUAUCAAGGUACCUAACAAUGAUCAACUUGAAACUUUGAUGCAUGAGUUCAAAGAUGUUUUUCCAGAGGAGUUACCACAAGGUCUUCCACCUUUAAGAGGGAUAGAACAUGCUAUUGAUCUUGUUCUUGGUGCACCAUUACCUAACAAACCUGCUUAUAGAUGUGAUCCAGUGGCUUCUAAGGAAUUGCAACGCCAAAUUGAAGAGCUAAUUGAGAGGGGUUAUGUAAGGGAAAGUAUGAAUCCAUGUGCUGUGCCAGCUUUACUAGUUCCUAAGAAAGAUGGAACAUGGAGGAUGUGCAUAGAUAGUAGAGCAGUAAACAACAUCACAGUUAAAUAUAGGUUUCCUAUGCCUAGAUUAGAGGAUAUGUUGGAUGAAUUACAUGGUGCUUCAAUCUUUUCUAAGAUUGAUCUUCGAAGUGGAUAUCGUCAAAUGAGGAUUAGGGAAGGAGAUGAAUGGAAAACAGCCUUCAAGACAAAGCAAGGGUUGUAUGAUGGAUGGUCAUGCCCUUUGGCUUAUGCAAUGCGCCUAGUUCCUUUAUGA